CUUCGUUGUCUCUGGAAGGAGAAAAGAGGCAAAGCAAAAUAAAAUUCCUAUCUUUCUUGACAGAGAGGCAACCAAAACUAUAAAUAAUUGAAUCAGAAUUUUCGAAAGCUAGAAAGUGAGAGAGGAUGGAGAAUUAAGCUGAAAGGGGAUUAGGGUUUUUGUUUGGUUCUGAGAAUCGAAUCGAAUCCAUAUCCGUGGUUCUUCAAUGGCGGGUCUCUCUCUCAAAUGCGGGGACUGUGGGGCCCUUCUGAAAUCUGUAGAAGAAGCUCAAGAACACGCAGAGCUUACUUCUCACUCGAAUUUCUCCGAAUCAACGGAAGCCGUCCUCAAUCUUGUCUGCACUACUUGUCGCAAGCCUUGCCGAUCAAAAACUGAAAGCGAUUUGCAUACGAAAAGAACAGGGCACACUGAGUUUGUUGAUAAGACUUCGGAGGCAGCCAAACCGAUCUCUUUAGAGGUUCCAAAAUCCUCUGCUCCUGAUCAGCCGGAGGAAGGCACUGAAGCUGGUGAAAGUAGUCAGCCUGAAGAAAUGGUUGUUCCUGAAGUUGAUAUGAACCUGCUUGGUGAACUUGAAGCAAUGGGAUUCCCAAAGGCCCGGGCAACACGUGCACUUCAUUAUUCUGGCAAUGCUAGCAUUGAGGCGGCUGUGAAUUGGGUUAUUGAACAUGAGAAUGACCCUGACAUUGAUCAGAUGCCUGAGGUACCUGCCAAUAGCAAAGUUGAGGCUGCAAAACCAAAACCAUCUCUUACUCCGGAGGAAAUGAAGAUCAAAGCACAAGAAUUAAGGGAGCGAGCUCGGAAAAAGAAAGAGGAGGAGGAAAAGAGAAUGGAAAUUGAAAGGGAGAAGGAAAGGAUUCGAGCUGGCAAGGAACUACUUGAAGCAAAGCGAAUUGAGGAGGAACAGGAAAGAAAACGUUUAUUGGCCUUCCGGAAAGCAGAGAAGGAGGAAGAGAAAAGAGCAAGGGAGAAAAUCAGACAGAAACUAGAGGAAGAUAAGGUCCUACCUGGAUUUUUGCAUCAUUAUUAUCAUUUAUUGCAGUUAAAUGAUCAGCAUUAUGGUUCAUAUUUUCUUACAAUCUGGAGAUGUUUGUUUUUUCUUAGUUUGCAUGUCGAUUUCUUAUAGAGAAAGUAAUAACAU